CUCAACUCGGUCUCUCUCCGCGCCUAUCUUUCCCCCGCCUAUUGUGUGCUCUUCUAUUCUUCCACCCGAAACCCUAAUAACCUCGAGAUGAAGAGGAAGAAAACCAUGGCCGCCUCCGCCGCUGCAGCUCCUAUUCCGCCGGAGCCCGACCUCAAAGCCCUAAUCGGCGAGCACUCGCUCUUCUUCGAUCGGCUGGUGGACUUGAUACCGGCGCGGUUCUACGUCCCCUUGGACGACGAGGAUCGACCGUGGUACCAGGGCCUCUCUAAGGCCGCCAAGGCCUGCGUCAAGAUCCAGUCCCGUGAGAACCUUAAGAAGGCUCGCCGCGCCCGCCUCGACCCCGCCGCUCCCCCCUCCUCCACCGUCGAACUCCUCUCCAAAUCCAUCGCCGCCGCCGCCGAUUCCAACCCUAACCCUAACCCUAACCCUAACCCUAACCAGGGCGAGGAGGAGGAGGAGGACGAGGAUGAGGAUGAGGCGGCGCAGGCUCAGCGGCCGGCGGAGACGAUGGAUGAUCGCACCGCCACCGACGUUGAGCUCCGGCGCCGCCUCCAAGCGCGCAUAGUGGAACUCCGGUCCACCCGCAACACCCGUCCCGAGACGAUCAACAAGCCAAAGAAGGAGAAGAAGAAGAAGAAUAAGAGCAAGAAGAAGAAGAAAAAGAAUGAGGAAGAGGGAGGUCCCUCUUCUCCUCUCGGGAAGCGGAAGAGAGAUGAGGAGGAAAGCAAUGCUGCCCCAACGGAUAUCUCCUUUGGGAAGGUUAGGAGUGGUGGUGAGGAUAAUCAGAAUAAGGGGAAGAAGAAGAAGUCGAAGUUGUCCAAGCAGCAGGAGUUGGAGCGGGCGAGGCGGCUUGAAGCAGCGAAGAAGGAUCCGGAGAAGGGGGAGAAGUUCGCCAUGAAGCACUCGUGGAAGGCGGCGGCAAGUAGGGCCGCAGGGGAGAAGGUCCAUGACGAUCCGAAGCUUUUGAAGGAGAGCAUCAAAAGGGAGGAGAGGAGCAGGAAGAAGCACGCAGAGAAGUGGAAGGAGAGGAUGGAGACCGUGGAGAAGGCACGAGCGGAGAAGCAGAAGACUAGAGCGGAUAAUAUUAGGGGCAGGGCCGAACAGAAGAGGAUGAGGCGUAUCGAGAAGAGGGAGAAGAAGCUCAUGCGGCCAGGGUUUGAAGGGCGCAAGGAGGGGUACAUUAAUGGAUAGUCUUGUGCAAGAGCAUGACAUGCUUGCGACUUCCAUAUGUUACAGAGGACGAGGUAAGGAGAGUUCCUUCGGCUUUUAGAAAAUUUCUACUUGGUGAUUUGUUUCUGCAGGGUUUCAUUUUAUAUGUAACCAUGGAACAAGUUUUUAUGGAAAUUUAUUUAAUAUGUAUCACUAAUUUAUGGUUGCAAAUGAGAUCUCUAGGGUUUGUCUCUUUGAUUAGAGGUAAAGAAAGAAGACGAGGGAGCAGGAGUUGUUCUUUUUUAGAAAUAUUCUGACUCGAAAAUUAUCACGGAUCGAGUUUCAUUGAUAGCUGUUGUCUUUCAUGAAAAUCUAUUCUGUAGUUUCUGGGAGGACUUAUCUGUGUCUCAUGGAGAAACUCCAAUCACAAUACGCAAUGGUGCUGCUCUGUUUAGAUGA